CUCAAAAGCCAAAAGAAACUGGCUCUGUGUUGAGUCCCAUGGUGUAAAAGCUCUGUGUUGAGUCCCAUGGUGUAAAAGCUUAGCACAAUUUUCAUUUAUUUAGUCUUCGACUCACAGAGUAUCUUAGUUCACAUUAUUUAUUAGCUCAUCGAUACAGCUUCGUAAUCAGGUCAUCGAGUAUAUAGAUUAGAGGCGAAACUACAGGUCCAGCAAUUUUAUUUGAGUUGUGUUGAUGAUCGAAUAAUGUAUUGUAUCCAUAACAAGAUUUUCUUAAAAGGAGGGAACAAAAUUCGAAUGAUCACGGUCUGUGAUGAAAACAAUAAACAGGUGGACAUUGAUCUCAUGGAGAAUCUUGGUGUGAACAGCUUUCGAUUUUCUAUAUCAUGGUCAAGAAUUCUGCCCAAAGGGGGUUAUGGAAAUGUGAAUAUAGCAGGGAUCAAUCACUACAAUGACCUCAUUGAUAGACUCCUUCAUAAAGGAAUCCAGCCAUUUGUUACGUUGUGUCAUUAUGACAUCCCUCAAGAACUUGAAGAAAGAUAUGGAUCAUGGCUAAGUCCAGAAAUACAGAAUGAGUUCGAAUAUUAUGCAGAUGUAUGUUUCAAAUACUUUGGGGACCGAGUGAAGUAUUGGAUAACAAUCAACGAGCCUAAUAUCAUGGCAAUUCGAGGAUAUAGAACCGGGAUUUAUCCUCCAUCUCGCUGUUCGGUUUCAUUUAGGCAUUGUAGAGAAGGCGAUUCAGAGAAAGAGCCUCUAAUUGCAGCACACAAUAUGAUUCUAUCACAUGCAGCUGCCGUGAGCAUUUAUCGAACAAAAUACCAGAAUGUACAAGGAGGUAGCAUUGGAAUUGUUAUGAACGCCGUCUGGUUCGAGCCCUUCAGUGAUUCUGCAGAAGACAAAUCGGCUGCUGAGAGAACUCUAUCUUUCUACAUGAAUUGGUUCUUAGACCCUAUUAUACAUGGGAAAUAUCCUGAAGAAAUGCAUAAUAUUUUAGGAUCAUUACUGCCUGUCUUUGUGGAAAAGGAACUGGAGAAACUGAAAUUUGGAUUGGACUUCAUUGGCAUCAAUCAUUAUACCAGUUUCUACAGCAAAGACUGCAUAUACUCGGAAUGUGGAGGUGGACUAGGAGUAUCUAAAUCAGAGGGUCAUUCCCUCUGGACACCCUGGAAAGACGGUAAACUUAUUGGCAAAUCUACUGCAGUGGACUGGCUUUAUGUAUACCCUCAAGGAAUGGAGAAGAUUGUGACAUACAUAAAGGACAGAUACAACAAUACACCAAUGUUCAUCUGUGAAAACGGGUUAGGUGAUGCGAACAAUUUGGAUACAUCUGUGGCAGAAUCUCUCAAUGAUGUCGAAAGAGUGGAAUAUAUGGAAAACCAUUUGGAUUCCCUGGCAAAGGCGAUAAGGAAUGGAGCAGAUGUGAGGGGCUAUUUUGCCUGGUCCUUACUCGACAACUUCGAAUGGACAUCUGGAUAUACAAUAAGAUUUGGACUUCACCACGUAGAUUAUGCUAGUCUUGAAAGAAUUCCUAGACUGUCAGCAACAUGGUAUAAAGACUUCGUUUCCGAUGUAAGAGGCUUGCAGAAAUGGUGAUAAAAUUUUCCCAUAGUAAUGUUAAUAAUCGUUCCUAGCUAACCACUAUUGCUAAAAGGGCUUAGCUGUAUGCAUCUCUUUUGCAUUACUAGAUGGUAUCAAGGGAGUGAUUAAGUUAAAUCUUGUUUAUAAAUCAUCCAGAAUUUUGUAUCAUCGAUGCAAAUUAUAAAUGGACGGUGGAAUAAUGUGAAAAUUUUCUUCAUUCAGCU